AUGAAAUAUCAAGAAAUGUUGGACAAGUAUGAGCCAUGUCGUCUAUAUCUUGAAAAACGAAUUUAUCCUAGUCGAGAAUCUUGGGCUCGAUAUUGUAUUUCAAAAAUAUUUACUGCAGGCAUAGAAAACACACAGCGUGUAGAAUCGAUAAAUGGCGUUAUAAAAAAGCUUGUUGUCCGAGGCACGCUUCCAUCAACCUAUAACACCAUUUUCAAAGAACUUGAUUCUGUAUUGCAAGCGAAUUUAUUGGCUAUUCUCUUGUCAAUUCAAAGAGCCCAAAUGAACCAAUCGUUGCUUUAUCAAGCUAAUUUGGUUUCAAUUAAUCAGGUUAAAGACGAAGAAACCAAUUUUAAUAACAGCGUAUUAGGUAUAUUAGGACAUUCACAUGAUAUACCUCAAAUUCGUUUGCGGAAACUCCUUAAUGGUAUAUCUUACAAUGAUAUUACUGAGAUUUGGGAAGUAUCGUAUAUUGCAUCGAAAACUUCCAAAUCACACUACGUUGUUAUACUUAAAGAUGCGACGUUACUUUGCACCUGUAUGUUUAUUGUCAAUCAAGAAAUGAUAUGCCGUCAUCAAUUCAGGGUGCUUAUUCAGUCAGACAACGCGAUAUUUCAUAUUUCACAUAUUCAUACACAUUGGUUUAAUUUGAGUUCAGAUCUGCCUACCAACUCAACGGGUUUUAUUACGAUUGUAAAUGGUGAAAAAAAUCAUACAACGAUACCAUUGAGUUACAUGAAUCAAUUAAGAACAGAUAACGUAUAUACUCCAACGAUCAGAGAAAAGGUACCGAAUCAUUACAGGAUUUGCAAGGAUCUUCUAUUCAAGAUAAUCCUCAACUUUAUUUGUUCUUCUGAUAUAUCAAAUUCUGAGUAUCACAAACCAAAAGGACGACCUCCAAAGCGGUAUAAAUCGACGGUAGAAAAUAAUUGUAUUACAUCAGGAAAACCUGAUGAUGUAACAGUACAGAAAACAUGCAGUUAUUGCUCUGGAAAAGGUCAUAAUAUCCGUGGAUGUCCAAAAUACAAAACUGAAUCAUCCGCCAACAAAGAAAAUGAAUACUUAGUUUAGUUGGGUAAGGCGGUUAAUAGUGUAAUAGUUAAUUGUUGUACAC